AUGGAAGAGGAUAAACCUAAUGAUUCCGCUUUGUGGACUUAUAAGCUUGUGACACCGUACAUUGUCUUUGGCUAUCUGACAGGCCUCGCAGCGACGCUGGUAUGGAACUGGUGGCAACUGGGACAGUUAGGCCUGGGCAUUAGCCUUACCUUUGCGUUUCCACUAGCCGUAGUUCUGGUGCUCCUCUACAGUCGGCCUGCAAGGUGCAUUUUGGCACUGUCCGUCCCCUCCCUGUGCAGUUCCCGUGGCAGGGCGUUCCUCAUAAGUCUUGCCUUUGUUAUGGCCGCUGUUGGGCCCACAGCCAAUAUCGUAGCCAACUUGAAGGUGAUGCUUCGCAGCCUCUCUUGCGGCCAGGAGCUCUUGCGGCAGGCGCUCGGCCAGAUGCUAGACGUGAUUCUAGAGCCGGUGAAUGCCAUCCAGCUGGCUGUUGAUCUGUUGCUGCUGGAAGUGCGCCGGGUGCUUAAGCAGGCCAUGGUUGUGCUCCUGCGCAUCCAGGAACACAUGAUUGCAAUCAUUGAAACCUUAAAGAAUUGUUCAGCUUGGCUGAAAUCAGUCGUUGACUUGUGCAACACGGAAAUGGGGACACCUUGGACGCGAUGCAAAAAGACGGCACAACACGCCAUGAUAAGAUGCCAGGCGAAAAUGGGCAUAUUCUCGGCACUAUGCCAUGCCACCAAGCUGUUUCUUGCACUUUGUUACCCCGCUAGGAUUAUCGAUGUGUUCUGCAAAGGUUACGGGGAUUUCAGCUGGAGUCUCCUCGAUAAGGUCUUAGACCGCUACCGCGAAUUUGUGAGGCAAAUAGAACAAAUGUUCGACGCCAAUAUUACCUUUCAACACGAAUUUUCCUUCGACACAAAUUCCAGCAAGAGUCUGUCGGACGUUGGUGAAGAGAUAAUCCAGGAUAUCAACGAUCGACUGCCUUCGUUUGCCUUUCUAAACAGCUUUGUGGACAUUCUCUGCUGGGUCAUGGUGCUAACAGUGUUUUUUAAAGCCAUCAUCUUCUACCUGCGCUACAUGUACAGCCGGCAAUUUCAAAAUGUGUUUUUGACAGAUAUUUUGCUUGUUAUCGACCGACGUCACGAAAAGCACGGAUUCGGUCUUUUACUGCCGCUUCAACGUCUUGAGAGGGGAAGGUACAUGAAAUUAACCAGCCUGCAGCUGACCCUUUUUGAGUUCGUGUCCGUAGUGGAAAAUGCGUGCUUUAUGGUAACCACCAGCUUACAGCUGUUUGCGAUCUGUUUCCUGGAUUACGGGCUUUUCUGGCUAUUGGCCACAAUGUCUUUCCACGGUCACCAAGAGGCCGGGCUGGAGGUGCCCGCAUAUAUCGAUCUUGAGAUCAAGGGCGGGGGUUUUGUGGCCGAUGUGAUGCGAGGAAUCGCUAAUGCCUUUCGACCCUUGACUCAAAAGAGCACUCUGGACACCAAUCCCUGCUUGCCGCUGCCUAUAAAACCAGACUAUGCAGAAUACAUAUUUAUAUUCUUGCUCUGCCUGCUUGCCUGGCUGAUCCUGUUGUCCGAGCCGUAUGUUCUGCGCACUCGCCAUCUUAUCAUGUUUCACUUUUAUCCGGCACGAGCCAAGGAAAGAGGCAUUUAUCUGUAUAACAAGAUUGCCGACGAUAGAACAACUAUCUUUAAGGUUGCCCGUCGCAGGAAGCGAAAUGAAUAUAACCACAAGCGGAGGGUACAAGAGAAGCACUUCAGAUGUUUCACUUGGCUUAAUAAUAGACUGUCCAGAGCUAUCCGUUGGUGCUCCUGCUUCUCCAUCUGUCAGACCAAAGAGAGGUGUACCAUUUGCGGCACAAUCCUGACUCCUUCGACUCGCCACCCCUGCGAUACCCCAGGAUGCAAGGGGGUUUACUGCUUUGAAUGCUUUGAGAUGUCUUAUGAAAAGUGCUGCCUGUGUAAUCGACCGUUAGAAUAUGGGGACUUCUCUGACGUUUCUGAAGUGGACGACUCUUCGGAAGAUUCUGAUAUGGAAUCAUUCGGAAAGAAGCGUUACAGAAAGUUCUGCGGAGGACAAAGCUAACAGCGCGGAAAAGAAAAUUAAUCGUAAAGCAUUCCGUUUCCCGAAACAACGUUUUUUUCUGAUACACUUUUAAGAAAAUCUACUUUUUGGUCUAUGGAGGACUGCAAAAUACGACACCUUCACACAGAACACGAUUCUCAUUUAAUUGGCAUUAAAUUGUAUG